CUGACUCUUUAAAAAGUCAGCUCCAGUUGCUUUAUGUACUACAACACUUUACCAAGCUGAGGGAAAGGAAUCAAGAAGGAAUAAAUAAGGCUGAAGCAUGAACAAGACAGAAUUCAUCACUGUUGUGGGAUUUGCCAUAUCAUUGCUGUUCCACAUGACCCAAACUGAAGCCUGUCCUCCCUCCUGCAACUGUAAGUCACUAGGAGAAAUGAAGGGUUUGCAUGUAGACUGCAGCUCAAGGAAGCUGACGGAAGUGCCUGCCUUGCCGGUUAACACCAAGCGCCUUUAUCUACAGAACAACAGCCUGACCUCAGUUCCUCCCGGUGCCCUGGACACCUUGCACAGCCUGGAGGAAGUGAAAAUAUUUGACAAUCCUUGGAACUGUGACUGUCAUAUUCUGUAUCUAAAACUCUGGUUAGAAGACAUCUCUGCACCCUUUCUUGCAAACAUCAGAUGCGCAAACCCAGCUCUGCUGAGGAUGAAGCCCUUGAGGCAGCUGACUGGGAAUGAGCUGGGGGUUUGUAAGAGGCUUCUCCCAAUCAAGUGUCUUGAGUUCUUUUGGCGAGACCUCAUUUUAAUUGCUGGAACAAUAAUUACACUUAUUUUAGUAGCAUGGGCUCUGAAAUUCUCAAAAAAGCUGGUCUGCCAAAUAAACCUAAGCCAGUAUUACUCUAGGGGCUGACUGUUGGGGAGGCAUACCCCAAAAAACCACAAGGUUUGAUGAGCUGUUCACUACCCCUAUCUUGAACAGAAAUUUCAAACUAAUCUACCACAAAAAAGCGCACAUGCACUGGCAACACUAGUUUUAAUGGUGAAUGUGCUACAAACUAAUCCCAGGGCUUAAAGUCUGGUUCAACAGAUAGGCAAGUUUGAUUUAAUUUCCUUUCACAAACAAGCUUGGUGAUGUAUUGACAGGCAAGUUUCAUCCUGCUGCAGUCUACUCGUAUGAAAAGCAGUUUCUAAAUUUCUAAAAAUCAUUUACCUUGGCAUUUUUCCACUGAAUUUGCAGGUUUUAUAGCAAGAAGAUUUACAUCCCCAAUUCCUACCUUUUUUAAUAUAUGGAGAUGAACACCAAUUGUACUAUUUCAGCAGUUCUCACUCGGAAGCUGUGUGAGUUUGCAACCCAUUAACCCCUCACAGUGUCCCACUGGGCUUGGUAGGACCAUUCUUGUGUGCAAACAAAUUCAGCCAUCUCUUCCUCAGGUGCAGGAGCUUCCUGCAAGAAAAACCACUUGAUUAUAUAGGCCAGCCACUGAAUAUAACCCUUAUUGGAUAAGUUUAAAAACAGACUGCUAAUGGGAAUGUAACCAGUAAAAGCAAUUUUAAAUAUUGUUGAAUUUCCUAGAGAGUGAACAAUAAAAAAGUAUUCUAUGUGAAAUUGAAAUAAUGGAUGGUUAUUGAACAUUCAUACUCAGCCAAGUUUGAUCUAUUUCACAAUUCUACACAUUUCUGAUUAAAAUCCUAAGAAAUUUCCAGAGUUUGUCUUCCAGUCUCACCAUUGACAUUUGAUACACUGGUUUUUAUGCAACAGCUUUGAAGAGGAUGUACUCUCUUCCCUUCUCUUCUUGUGCCCCCAUUCUCAUUGAAAAACUGUUGUGGUGACUCAAGCAUAUUGUUUUCUCCCUAACCUGAUUAUUCACAAGACUUCAAGAACAGCAGUUCAUGUUGUGACCCCAUCUGGUCUGGUGAAGUUAGGCUAGUUAGACGGGAGAUAUCUGAAGGUCUUCUAAAAUUAAUACUACUGUUUGCAGUUCAAUUUAAGACACAUUUUGC